AUCCCCUCAUAGGAUUAUGAGAUGCUCAUGGCCAUUCAAAAGAAGCAGAGCCCGAUUUUCAGCGUCGCUCUCCAAUGGAUGCUCUCUUCGUCAAUUCCUCUCUCUCCCGCCUCAAACUCAAAUUCUCCCCUCAAUUCCCUCCCACCUUCUCUCAUCAACCUUUUAUCUGUCUAAAGAAACUCGGCAAUAAGAACAAUUUAUCAGUAUUUGCUACGCUUCAGAACCAGCAGCAACAAGCAGUCGAAGCAGCAGAAGACGAAGAACCGGUACUGUUUGAAGAUUACGAUGAGGAUGAAACGUACGGAGAAGUUAACAAAAUUAUCGGCAGUCGAGCAAUUGAACGUGGGAAAGGAAUGGAGUACUUGAUAGAGUGGAAAGACGAACAUGCCCCAACGUGGGUCCCCUCUGAUUACAUUGCUAAAGAUGUUGUGGCCGAGUACGAAACUCCUUGGUGGAAUGCGGCUAAAAAGGCCGACGAAUCCGCUCUUAGGGAACUCCUAGAAACUGACGACGACAGAGAUGUGGACGCAGUAGAUGAGGAUGGACGUACGGCUUUGCUCUUUGUCUCGGGUCUGGGGUCCGAGCCGUGUGUCAAGCUGCUAGCUGAAGCCGGCGCUGACGUGGACUAUCGCGAUAGGAAUGGCGGCUUGACUGCUCUGCAUAUGGCAGCCGGCUAUGUUAAGCCGGGUGUCGCCAAGCUGUUAAUUGACCUCGGGGCAGACCCCGAGGUCGAGGAUUAUAGAGGACAAACGCCUCUGAGCUUGGCGAGGAUGAUUUUGAAUCAAACGCCUAAAGGAAAUCCAAUGCAAUUCGCGAGGAGAUUGGGGUUAGAGAAUGUGGUUAGGAUUUUGGAGGAUGCGAUUUUCGAGUAUGCAACAGUGGAGGAAAUAUUGGAGAAGAGAGGGAAAGGCGAAAAUGUGGAGUAUUUAGUGAAGUGGAAGGAUGGGGAGGAUAACGAAUGGGUCAAAGCAUGGCUGAUAUCUGAAGAUUUGGUGAGGGAUUUUGAGGCUGGUUUGGAAUAUGCAGUAGCAGAUUGUAUUCUUGAGAAGAGAGAAGGUGAGGAUGGGAAGGGAGAAUACUUGGUUAAAUGGACUGAUAUUGAGGAAGCUACGUGGGAACCCGAAGAAAAUGUUGACCCCCUUCUUAUAGAAGAUUUUGAAAAGAGUCAACAGAAUGUAAGGUUGGAUGCUUUUACUUCUUGAAUUUCGUCAUCUAUGUGGAAUGAAUGAGACAGCUUCUAAAGGGCCAUGACGGUUCUAGGAGAUAGCAUUAUGUGAAAAGGUGAUGGUAGUUCUGACUUCUGAGUCACUUUUAGAUUUAGUAUGCUGCGUGAAGGUGAGGUUUUAGCAGUGUUGUAUUUUGUUGACUUUAGGAUUUGAGGUGUGGCUGAUAGCUCAAUUUAACCAAUCUAACAUUGGUUCCUAUGUCAUGUUUAGUGUUUUAGUAGGUGUAAUUCAUAAAAAGGUAGAGGCGUCUGUAAAUUGUUGAACUUUGUGUU